UCGUCCUCUCCGAGGCGAUUGCCGGAGCCUCUUGAAGUUGGGUUCAGAAGUGUAGAAUUGGCAAAGUUAUUGCCAGCUUCCUGCCACAGCAGCUUGUGAUUGGCCGAACGGGAUAUUCAGUUGCACGUCCCCACAUCAAUGCACUGCCAAUGGGAUUAUUUGAAAGACAAGAUUGACAGAUAACUGAAGGGUUAUAUCCUGUGUUGUGACCUCAUGGUUUAAGUGGGAAUAAAGAUGAGUAUAAGCAGUGAUGAGGUCAACUUCUUGGUAUAUAGAUACUUGCAAGAGUCAGGAUUUUCUCAUUCAGCAUUUACCUUUGGUAUAGAAAGCCAUAUAAGUCAGUCUAAUAUAAAUGGUGCACUUGUCCCACCUGCUGCAUUGAUCUCCAUCAUCCAGAAAGGUCUACAGUAUGUAGAGGCAGAAGUUAGUAUAAAUGAGGAUGGUACCUUGUUUGAUGGUCGGCCCAUAGAGUCUUUGUCCCUGAUAGAUGCCGUAAUGCCUGAUGUAGUACAAACAAGACAACAAGCUUACAGAGAUAAGCUCGCACAGCAACAGGCGGCAGCUGCUGCAGCUGCCGCAGCUGCAACCAACCAACAAGGACCUGCAAAAAAUGGAGAAAAUACAGCAAAUGGGGAAGAGAAUGGAGCACAUACUAUAGCAAAUAAUCAUACGGAUAUGAUGGAAGUAGAUGGGGAUGUUGAAAUCCCUCCUAAUAAAGCAGUUGUGUUACGGGGCCAUGAAUCUGAAGUUUUCAUCUGUGCCUGGAACCCUGUUAGUGAUCUUUUGGCAUCAGGGUCGGGAGACUCAACAGCGAGAAUAUGGAAUCUUAGCGAAAACAGCACUAGCGGUUCCACACAGUUAGUACUUAGACAUUGCAUACGAGAAGGAGGGCAAGAUGUUCCAAGUAACAAGGAUGUAACAUCUCUAGAUUGGAAUAGUGAAGGUACACUUCUAGCAACUGGUUCAUAUGAUGGAUUUGCCAGAAUAUGGACUAAAGAUGGUAAUCUUGCUAGUACCUUAGGGCAGCAUAAAGGCCCUAUAUUUGCAUUAAAAUGGAAUAAGAAAGGAAAUUUCAUCCUAAGUGCUGGAGUAGAUAAGACUACAAUUAUUUGGGAUGCACAUACCGGUGAAGCCAAGCAGCAGUUUCCUUUUCAUUCAGCACCAGCACUGGAUGUUGACUGGCAGAGCAACAACACCUUUGCUUCUUGUAGUACAGAUAUGUGCAUUCAUGUCUGCAAAUUAGGACAAGACAGACCUAUUAAAACAUUCCAGGGACAUACGAAUGAAGUAAAUGCUAUCAAAUGGGACCCAACUGGCAAUCUCCUGGCCUCCUGUUCUGAUGACAUGACUUUGAAGAUAUGGAGUAUGAAACAAGACAAUUGUGUCCAUGAUUUGCAAGCACAUAAUAAAGAAAUUUAUACUAUUAAGUGGAGUCCAACAGGACCAGGGACAAAUAAUCCAAAUGCCAACCUUAUGUUAGCAAGUGCAUCCUUUGAUUCUACUGUGAGGUUAUGGGAUGUAGACCGAGGGAUUUGUAUCCAUACUUUGACAAAACACCAAGAGCCUGUGUACAGUGUAGCGUUCAGUCCUGAUGGCAGGUAUCUGGCGAGUGGUUCUUUUGACAAAUGUGUGCACAUCUGGAACACACAGACAGGUGCUCUAGUUCACAGCUAUAGGGGAACAGGUGGAAUUUUUGAAGUUUGCUGGAAUGCAGCAGGAGACAAAGUUGGAGCCAGUGCAUCAGAUGGUUCAGUUUGUGUAUUAGACCUUCGGAAAUAGCGCUACUAGUUGGAAGCCAUGGACCGACUAUGAAUGUGUACAUAGCCAAAAUGACUGUCCCUGACCCAUGUACUGCUAUAGUCCCACUCGAACCAUGGCCAGUCCACUACAGCCAAAUCUAAAAGAAAUAUAUACAUACCAGUGUAUAUAAACAAAAUUGCACCCUGAAGAUGACAGAGUUUUGUCACAGCUUGUGAAUUCUGUUCACCAAGUGCUGGAAUCUAAUCUGCUGUGCCCCUAAAAUAGCAUUUAGAAGUUUUGGAUAUGAAAAACAGAAGAGAGAAAGAAAUAUACGUUAUAAAAGCAGACCAUACAUGUACCAGUUUUUGGAUACUAAUGACAGCCUUGUUUCUCCCCUUUGAAUCAGCAGACACCAUGGAUUAUAUUCUUUUUUCCCCUUCAGUAGUGAGCAGUUUGUAUGUACAGAGAAAAUGGACUUAUAAAAACUUACAGCAGUAGUUUGUUCUUGCUUUUAAAUUUUGUUUUGGUUUAGAUUAUGGAUGCAUGAAGUAAGGGAGUGAAUCAGUUUCUUUAUAUUUUUUUCACCUUUUAGACAACAAAAAAUUCUUAAAAAUACUUUUAUGCAUUCUUUUGAAGAGAUAGAUGUUUGGUACAUUUUAUGGCUCUCAGAGCAUAUAUUCAGUUGGUGCAUAUUGUGAAAGGGAAUUGGAAAUUAAAUGAAAACGUAUGACUUAGGUCAUGUCAAUCUGUAAGACACAUCAGUAAAAGGGUAUUAUGCUCUGGUUUUUUGUGGUUUUUGUUUUUUUUUUGUUUUUGGUGAUGUGGCUUAAAUACAAUAGCUUCUUUUUGGGGGGAAAUUUCUGCCAAUUAAAGACUAGAAGGGCACAAAAAUUUUUUUUAAAUACCGUAGAGAAGAUACAUUAAAAAAAAUCUUCUGAUGUUUUGUAGCCAUAACUAAAUUAUGGUUAAAAUGUGCACUAUUGUGAAAAGGAGCAAAGUAGUUUUGAAUUUUUUUGUUUGUUUGUUUUGCUUUGUUUUCUAAGAGAUUAAAAUGUUUCUGGAUAAGGAUUAGCUUCUCUAAGUGUCCAUCAUUCUGUAUAGAAGCUUAACUAUGUAAUGUAACCAAACUCCAGUAUUAAAAAAUCUCUCAUGUUAUUUUUCUUUAUACAAAGCAAGAUAACGGCAUAUAACACUGCCAUUACAUGGCAAAAUGUUUGCUACCUUAGUUUGAAAAACAAUCUUUAAAAUAAAAGACUUGCUUCAAGGUGUUUUUAAAUAGCAGUGAUUCUGAAUUUUUUCAAAAGUAUAAUUGCACUAACCUCCCUGCUGCUCGGAAUUUGCAUUUGUGGUACUUGUGACUACAUUUUUUUCAAAUAUAGAUAGAUUUAAGCUGCUAUUUUUUUUUCCAGUAAUCACUACUAUAUCAUGUCUUUUACUCUGUUUAUAUCAAGUAUUUUCUUAAAGAACUAGAUAUCAAAUCUCCUUGUGCUCAUGCAACUAAAGUAAAAUAUACAGAUAAAUGUUAGCAUGAGGCUAUGUGUAUGUAUAUUAACAGGGUUUGUCAUGAUUAAAAUGAUCCAGGAGUGUCAAGUUUGAAGAAAAUAGUUGUCAAAUUUAUUUCUUACAGAUUUUGAUUAAGCAAUUGCUUGUUUUUAAGCUUAGCAAAUUAAAAACACUAUUCUGUCACUAAUUACUUUGAGGCCUUUAUUACUAAAAUUUUAGCCUGUGUUCAAAGUUUAAGUAGAAGUCGAUUUAACCCAAGUAAUGCAGCUUUGAUUUGCAUUUGUUGUUUUGCUAUUUUUACAAAACAGCAUUGAUUGAAGCAAGUCUUGGUUUUACUAAGGUAGGGUAGCAUUUGCUAUUGGUAAGAGAAUAAAUACACUUAAUUUCACAAUACAUUGUUACAUGUACCCCAGUUGUUGUUAGUGGGGACUAUGAUACUGUAAUAAUAUUUUUUAAAAUUUACAUCCAGAGAGACAGUCAGUCAUGAUGGUUUUGUGCCAGCUGUUUUUAGGGUUUUGGAUCACAUUAGAGAUAUUUAGAAGUUAUUACCCUGUGACUUACGUAGGAAACCUAAUAUGCUGAGUAUCUGGCACUUGAAAUCCUGCUUUUCUUGCUAGAGGUCCACAUCUAUGGUUGACCUCUGUUGUUGUUUUAAAAAAAUAAAUAAAAAUUUAAAAAUCUGUGCAAUAAUUUUUAAAUGUGCUCCCAGGAAUAGACACAAAUGUUUUGAGUAUGUUUAAGCUGCAUUUUCCUUUAGUGAUGCAUUUGUCAAUUGCACUGAACUUAAAUCUGAAAGAGGUGAUUAUUGAUAGUACUUUUGUAUUUUGAUAUGGACAGUUUAUUCAUUUGCAUACAGUUAUUGACUUUUUUCCCCCAGCUCAUUAAAAGAUAGCAAGAAAUUCUGCAAUAUAGCUGCCAAAAAAGCUACAUUUUUAUGAUAUUGUCUUUUGUUUUUUAAAAAUUCUUUAGCUAUUGUAGUUUAGUAUAAUAGUCACAAUAGGACAUAUAAAAGAUUAUAAAUGCAGAGCUUUAUUAUCCUGAAGUCUUGGGUCUUUUUAAGUAUGAACUCUGAAAGGUAUCCAUUUUGUAGGCUUGGGUUCUUCAUGAAUUUACGAUUGUUUGUUUUUGCUGCUGUUCUCAACAUCACCAUUGCCUGCUGAUGUGCCACGAUGCUGCUCCAGUAGAAAAACAAGAUCGUCUCUUAAUUUGAACAGUAACAUGUUUGCAAGAGAUGAAGUUUCACAGCCUGUAAAGUUCUAUAUUUGGGGUUCUUACUCAUUUUUCCUAUUUUUUUUCCUAACAACUUACUCCUGAGGAUCAGUUGAACCCAGUAGUUUUUCUGUGGUGUUCAUUAUAGACCAUCGUUUUAUACACUACUAUAAGGAACUUACAAGGGAAAACAGGAAGGAAAAUGAAUGAAUACUCCUUGAUUAAAAUAGACUAAAGAGCAGCUGCCACUCUUAAAUGUCAUAUAGGAAUAUCUUUUUCUCCAUGUAGGAAAUUCUGUACUUAUAUUUGUUCCAAUCCCCUAUAAUGAAUCAGGUAAUAUCAUUGACUUUCAAGUGACUUUUAGAAGUGGAAACUAGUAAUUUCCUAAUAGGUCUUAGAGUGUAUUAAAUUCUGUUUUACUUAAUUAUUCUCUAGGUAAGUAUGUCUUAGGAUUAAACAUCUUUUACAGAUACUGAAAGUGCCUCCUUUUGUGGUGUAAAAAACAAAUUAUGGUGCAAAAAAGUAAUCACUAGAUUGAACUACAUGAAGGUUUUUUGCUUUUUGACAUAUAAAAAUGUCAAGAGAAAGGCCAAAGAUUUGUACUUUUCACUUAUAAAGCACUCCUUUUUCCUUAAACUUCUUUCUGUCAAAUUAGAUUUAAUGAGAGAGUACUAUUUUUAAGGAGCUAUCUGUUUAUGUAGAGUGAUUUUGUUAAGAGUAAUGUAAACUAUAAAUGAGUAGAGGCCUAAAGAGGACUGUGCAUUUUUGCUACUUAAAGGAAUCACAAAUGCUCAUACUUCAGCAAGCAAAAAUGACAAGUUUUACUAAGUAGAAAAGUAAAUCUCAAAUGCAGUGUUUACUCUUUUAAGACAAUUUUCAUUUUCUUAAACACAUUGUGCAUUUCUACAGAACCUGUGUUUAUUCUCACAUGCUAAGGAUGGUACUUGCAUAUGGUGAAUUACUGUUGACAGCUUCUGCAGAAAUCCUGUUUCAGUGGACCAACAUUGUGGCAUGGCAGCAAAUGCCGACAUUUUGGGGAAUAGCAGCAAACCCAGAAGAGACCCUGGUUGUCGUUUUUGUUUGCUUUGUUUUUUGUUUCUCCCUCUCCCCCUUCUCUGAAGCAGCAGGGAUGGAAGGAGAGUAGGGAAGUUAUGAAUUACUCCUUCCAGUAGUAGCUCUGAAGUGUCACAUUUAAUAUCGAGUUUUUAAAAACAUGAUUCUAGUUAAAUAUAGGAGUGGAAAAAGAGAAAGUGUUCACUUUUUUUUAAUACACUGAUUUAGAAAUUUGAUGUCUUACUUGGUAGCUCUGAGGUAUUGAUAGCAUUCUUUAUUUCUGCUUUCUGUUGACAGUGUUGAAGCAGGGUGAAUAACUAGGGCGUACUAUUUUUUUCCUAGUAAGCCAGCCAUUCAUAAUGUUUUCUUUGGAAUUUCUGGCUAAGUUCAAGAAAACAUUCUGCAUGUUAAAUCUAGUCUGAUGUACUUAUCCAUCUCAUUACAAACAAAAACAUGCAGACUACAUUUUGUAGAUCUGUAAUCCUCAAAUACAGAAAUAAUCUUCCUGACUUUGACAUUGUAGCUGUGUUUUCAUUUUGAUUUUCACAAAUCCUUUGGGUCUAAUUCUGUGAGCCUACCUAUAGCACUGGAUUAAAAUGUCUGCAUCAUUUCUUUAGUUAUCCAGUUAACUUUAAAACUGUUGUAAAAGUGUAAACCAGCCCAUGACAGUUUUUUGUACAUGUUAAAGAACUUUAUUGUUCAGUUUUCAUGAUUAUUGUGUAAGGAAGACUGAUAUAAGAUGUUCUAUGCUGUCCUGGACCAUGUUAAUUACACUUAUGAUGUAUUUUGGUUCCACAUCACAAUGAUUUGUCCCUAAUAACUCUUUUAUCCUUUCUAGACACAUUUUUCUUGUUGUUGUUGCGGUUUCCCUUUGCAUUGUAUUGCUUUGACAACUGUAAUUUGAAUCAGAUCUGAAAGAGGUCCAGAAUAAAAUAUAUUUUGAUAUUAUGUUGACUGUGUACAUAUAUAAAACCUUUGAUAUCUAUGUAGUUUGUAUAGACUAUUUACUAGUUAAGAGAGAGGGAUGGUAUUGUUUACAAUUUCUUGUUUACAUUUUAAUUUCUUUUAUUUCUCUAAUGUUCUGUAGAAUAAACCUUUUUGCUCUGAGUUAGUUCUCAUAUAACAUGUCUAUUCUCUCCCUUACUGCUGUUACCAAUUAUAAUAGUAACUGCCAUCAGAACCCAAAUCAUUGUUUUUCAUAAACAUUGUUUUCCAAGAUACAUGCUUUAAGCCCAUA